UACUUUGAUAUCCUCUUGGGCAUAGUCGCAGAGGAUAUCGAAAUACGUGUACCAUGCGGUAUUUAUAUCCAGAGAGUGUCGCAUUCCUUUCGCCAUGGAUACUACCAAGCUUCCUGGGUAACUCGUCGCAGAGCAUCUCAGAUUUCUACAUGCUUGACAUCCUUCCGAUGGCAGCUCGAGCCCUCCAUUUUGUUUGCCUCGCGGGCAUUGCCACUGCCCUCGUUGGAAGGAGUCCCCUUACCUUGGUCCGCACCAUUAAUAGCUUAGAUCAAGUCUUUCAACUCGGCAACAACAGCUACUUGGCAACGCCCGUCUCACCAUUCGCUCUAGCAGCCGCCAAUCCCGAGACGACCACUGCUCCGGCAACUCAUAUCGUCGGGAAUACCCCUAUCAUCACUGGGCAGUAUCUCCAAGAAACGAUUGCUGGCUACCUCGCCGAAGAUGAUGUAUUCUCGAAGGACUUCCUUGAGACAAUCAUCUUGAGCUCUAAUUGCUCUUCAAGACUUGACGAUGCUGCCACAGCCUUCGUGGCAUCUAUCGGGUCUCAAGUUCUCAUGCUGCCAGCUUCUUCCCAACUUGAGUCGCCUAUGCCGCCUCCCGGUCCGAUAUUUCUAGAGUCCGAUGGCAAGACGAUUACGCUCUCGAAGGUCUUCCGUCUCUACACUGACACCUACAGCGACUUUGUCCACGGAAUCUACGAAUCUAACGGAAGCUACGAGGUCCUUGGCUUGACCGAUGCUGAUUGGGGCUACCCCUUGAUUCCCGUCCCAUCCCGCCUCUAUAGCGGAGCCGGCUCUGGGCCUCUGGCCGGGAAAAGAAUUGGCGUCAAGGAUAUCUACGACAUGAAGGGACUCAAGUCUACUCUAGGAAGCAAAGCAUGGACGCAGAUGACCACCGAAGCCAACACGACCGCUCCUUCUAUCCAGCGCAUCAUUGACCUCGGCGGAACCGUGGUGGGGAAGCAGAAGACGUCACAAUUCGCGUCUGCGGCUCACGCUUGGGAGUGGACCGACUGGCUCGACUUUGCCAUCGGAUCGGACACUGGCCAGUCUAUGCGCCAACCGGCAGCGUUCUCGGGUACGUAUGGCAACCGCCCGUCGCAAGGCCUCAUGGUUUUAGACGGAGUCAUGCCUAUUUCCUACGGUGCCGACACGGGCGGUGUGUUUGCACGUGAUCCUCAAGACUGGGUGAGGUUCGCUAAGCUUUGGUAUGAUCCUUCGCUUCACCAAGAUAGCAGCCUCAAUGGGCUACCCGAGCUUGAGGUUCCGGAUUCUCGUGCGUUUCCGAAGCGGAUUCUCUAUCCCACAGAGCACCUUCCGCUACAGAACCCCGCCGCUGAAGAAGUUCUGCGGAGCUUCUUGGCUCAGGUCAACAAGGUCAUGAACUUGACGGUGUCAAAAGUCAACAUUACGGAAACAGUUGAGGCCGUUACUGGUCGGGACCUUGACGAGGUCCUGGCUGAUUUGGGUACCAUCUGGACCUACACACAGCUCAAAGUUGUGGCAACACCUCUGAUUGCUCACUACAGCCCCGAUUUCCCUUCCCUGGAUAGGCCAUUCCGAACCUCUUGGCGGAAUCUCACCCUUGACGUCAAAGGUCACACCGAAGCGCUUGACCGCAGACGCCUGGACUCCGACGCCUGGCAUCGUGAGGUCUUGUUCAAUACGACUGAAAGCUGCUCCGAGUCCAUCAUGAUCUACGACAUCGGCACGGGUGGGCUUCCCUCCUUCAGAGAGGCUGAGUUGAAUGAGUCCCCCGGCGCUGCCUUGCCUGCCGAUACUGGAACCCGAGGGGCUGCUUCUGCCCUUGCGUCUUACUUUGGAAGCGCAGACUUCACCAUCCCAAUUGGUCAGGUGCCUUACUACAGUAAUAUCACGUACCGAGAAGAAAUGAUGCCUGUGACCAUCAACAUGGUGGCCAGGAGGGGGUGCGACUUUGUCUUGUUCAACCUUGUCGAAGAGUUGACGAAGCUGGGAGUCUUGGGGCCUGUCACUACUGGUUCGCGAACUUUUGUAUGA